AUGACCUCCCAGUGAUCAGCCGCGACUCCUAACUCCUAAUCUCUCACGGCUCUCCUCCUCUGACCCCAGAAUUCUCAGUUUCCAUCACCAAACUCCCACAAUUCGAUCCCGGAUCUGAUCCCAAUGGCGGAUAUGGCGUACGUGGAUCCAGAAGGUAUGGAUGGAGUUCGUAUGACUUGGAAUUUUUGGCCUCGCACUAAGGUUGAAGCUAGCAAGUGCGUGAUUCCACUAGCCGCUUCAAUUUCUCCGAUCCGUCGUCAUCCCGAUAUCCUUAAUCUCGAUUAUGCUCCUCUCCAAUGCCGUACCUGUAGCGCUGUUCUCAACUGCUUCGCUCGUGUUGAUUUCAUCGCCAAGAUCUGGAUCUGCCCUUUUUGUUACCAGAGGAAUACUUUCCCGACUCAUUACCAUAGUAUCUCUGAGACUAAUCUCCCUGGUGAGCUUUAUCAACACUACACUACUGUUGAAUACACGAUACCGCCGUCUCUUGCUGGUGUUGGUGGUCAAUUCGAUCCGAGAACUGGUGCUCCUGUUCCCCCUCAGGUGCCUCCGCCUGUGUUUGUGUUUGUUCUUGAUACGUGUAUGAUCGAGGAAGAGUUGGGAUAUGCCAAAUCUGCGCUUAAGCAGGCGAUCGGGUUGCUUCCGGAGAAUGCUUUGGUGGGGUUUGUGUCGUUUGGUACUCAGGCUCAUGUACAUGAAUUGGGGUUCUCUGAGAUGUCUAAAGUUUUUGUCUUUAAAGGCAACAAAGAGGUUUCCAAGGAACAAAUUUUGGAUCAGUUGGGGCUUGGGUCUUCCUCGAGGAGAGCUCCCACUUCUGGGUUUCCCAAAGGAGCGCAAAACGGAUUCCAGAGUUCUGGAGUUAACAGAUUCCUGCUGCCGGCUUCGGAGUGUGAAUACACACUGGACUUGCUUUUGGAUGAGCUCCAAACAGACCAGUGGCCUGUUCAGCCAGGUCAUCGUCCCCAAAGAUGCACAGGUGUGGCAUUGAGUGUAGCUGCAGGAUUGCUUGGAGCUUGCUUGCCUGGAACUGGGGCUAGAAUUGUAGCUUUGGUUGGAGGUCCAUGUACAGAGGGCCCUGGAACGAUUGUCUCAAAGGAUUUGUCAGAUCCUGUGCGCUCCCACAAAGAUCUAGAUAAAGAUGCUGCUCCUUAUUAUAAAAAAGCAAUCAAGUUUUAUGAUAGUAUUGCAAAGCAGCUGGUCGCUCAGGGUCAUGUGUUAGACCUUUUCGCUUCUGCACUUGAUCAGGUUGGGGUUGCUGAAAUGAAAGUUGCAGUUGAAAGUACCGGUGGUCUUGUUGUUCUAUCUGAAAGUUUUGGCCAUUCUGUAUUUAAAGAUUCCUUCAAGCGGGUGUUUGAAGAUGGCGAGCACUCUCUUGGUCUCUGCUUCAAUGGCACGCUGGAGAUCAAUUGUUCCAAAGACAUCAAAAUUCAAGGAAUAAUUGGACCUUGCUCUUCAUUAGAAAAGAAAGGUCCCAAUGUUGCUGACACAGUCAUUGGAGAGGGGAAUACCAGUGCUUGGAAGUUGUGUGGCCUUGAUAAGAGUACCUGCUUGACUGUAUUCUUUGAUCUAUCUUCAACCGGGUCAAAUGCUCCUGGAGCUGUAAAUCCUCAGUUGUAUUUGCAGUUUGUCACAAGUUACCAAAGCCCCAAAGGUCAAAAUUUACUCCGGGUUACAACUGUAUCCAGACGGUGGGUAGAUACUGCUGUGAGUACAGAGGAACUUGUGCAAGGCUUUGAUCAAGAAACUGCUGCUGUGGUUAUGGCAAGAUUAACUUCCUUAAAAAUGGAAACAGAGGAGGGAUUUGAUGCUACUCGAUGGCUAGAUCGGACUCUCAUUCGUCUCUGUUCAAAAUUUGGUGAAUAUAGAAAGGAUGAUCCAACCUCGUUCACGCUGAAUACGUAUUUUUCAUUGUUCCCUCAGUUCAUGUUCAACCUGCGACGGUCGCAGUUUGUUCAGGUCUUUAACAAUAGUCCUGAUGAAACUGCAUACUUCCGUAUGUUGCUAAACCGGGAGAAUAUAUCAAAUGCAACUGUCAUGAUCCAACCAUCACUGACGUCAUAUACAUUUAAUGCACCACCUCAGCCAGCUUUGCUGGAUGUGGCUUCCAUUGCAGCCGACAGAAUUCUUCUAUUAGAUGCAUAUUUUAGUGUUGUUGUCUUCCAUGGAAUGACUAUAGCACAAUGGCGAACCAUGGGUUAUCAUGAUCAGCCUGAACACGAGGCCUUUGCUCAGUUAUUGCAAGCUCCUCAAGAGGAUUCCCAGAUGUUAGUACAGGAGCGUUUCCCAGCCCCAAGAUUAGUUGUGUGUGAUCAACAUGGGUCGCAGGCAAGGUUUUUAUUGGCUAAGCUGAAUCCAUCAGCGACUUACAACAAUGCAAACGAGAUGUCAGCUGGGUCAGACAUAAUCUUUACUGAUGAUGUGAGCCUGCAAGUCUUUUUUGAGCAUCUUUCGAAACUGGCCGUGCAAUCCUGAGGAAAAAGUAGUCACAGUCCUGUACCAUUUUAGAGCUCUUUUUCAUUUUGGUCUCUCAUUAAUACAUCUUGGAAGGUACUCGCAUGGUUGAAGUCUUUUGCAUUGGAUUUGUCUGGAUUAUAAAGAUUUCCUGUUUGCAUUUCUUAUCUUGUCAUCGGAUGAUAUCUUGUAUGAUCAAUUAUAUGGUUUUGGGUCAA